AUGCUUGCCAUUCAGUCUAUGGAGGGACCUCCUCCUCCUCGUGCCCUUCCUGGUCCCCCGGCGCCUCUCCAUGUCCAACGACAUGAACGUACUCACACCAAGGAGAAGCCAUUUUCAUGUGGUUGGGAUCGCUGCGGAAAGACCUUCGGACGAAGGGAUCUUCUCGUCAGACACGAGAAGCUCGUGCACCUCAAUGAAGGUAGCAAGGAUAAUAACCGUCCCAGGAAGUUGUCAUCCAAUACUUCCACUGCAUCUCACAAGAGCUCUGUAUCUGAAGGUCAGAUCAGCGCCGAGGCCAUAGCUUUACAGCAUCACAACGCAGCGCGACCUGCACCACCUCAACAGCCGUUGCCUCAACCACAGCAAUUCCACCAUGGACCAGUUCCUCCCCAGGGGCCUCCUCAGGGACCCCAAGAUCCUCGCGCACAGGCCAGACCCGGAGCAUGCAAUCUCGAUCUCUUGUCCGACGCCGCCCUCGCAAGCUCAGGCAACGCCGUCCAGGGACCGACCAAUGGAGUACCUCCACCACAUUCCCCAGAUGCUCGAAGAAAAAGCAGCUAUGGCGACACUAUCGUGGCAUAUACGACUGAUCGACCUCGAGAAGACCAACCUCUAGGAUCUGGCUAUGUGCCCCAACAGCCUCCCAAUGGCUCCUAUGACGACUAUAACCCUUUCCUAGACGAGUUCGCUUCUUCUUCGCAUUUCCUCCCUCCCAAUUUCGAAGCCGAGCAGCAGAUGAUGUGGUCCCGAAGUCAAGGAGGCGCAGCUCAGCGUCGAUCAUCCAAGUCUGCACUGUUCCCAGGACGCUUUCCGAACAUGCCGGCCGACGCGCGAGACUCAGCGGACCCUGCCCGAGGACUUGAUGAUUCGGCUCGAGCAUCAGCGCUACGCAUUUCUGUCGCCGAUCAUACCGUGAUCAAGAACAGACUGGAUGAGUUCUCUGCCGUUCUCCCGAAUGACUUUGUGUUCCCAUCUCGGCAUACUUUGACGAGAUUCCUCGAGGGCUACAUUAGUGGUCUUCACGAACACUUGCCCUUCUUGCAUCUUCCCACGUUCUCUCCCGCCGAAGCUGCUCCCGAGUUGCUUCUUGCUAUUUUAGCCGUGGGAGCACAAUACCGCUUUGAGAAGAACCGAGGCUAUGCACUGUGGUAUGCCGCCAAGUCGGUAGCAAUGGAACAGAUUCGACGGAGGCGCAUCUCCGAGGUUCACGCCUUGUUGCCAACCGCAGCGGCUUACAGUCCUCAUUCUACUAGACCUUCGCCUAGUGCCACAUACCGCCAUUCGUUUGCAUCUGCCCAGUCAGAGCGUCCGGCAACCCAGGAUACGCAUCGAGAGCCUUAUUCUCCCAACACCCCCCAGGCAAGAAUCGAGACAAUUCAAGCAGUCUUGCUCCUCUUCGCCGUCGGCCUUUGGGGCGUACCGACGAUUCUUCAUGAAGCAUUGUCGUUGCAGAGCAACUUGGCCAUCUUGAUUCGGGAAGAAGGACUUGUGGCCGAAGUAAAUCAGAGUGCUGUCAAUGACUGGGAGACUUGGAUUCGACUUGAAACUGCCACACGGACAAAGCUGGUUGCUUACUGUUUCUUCAACCUCUGCAGUAUCGCUUACAACAUGCCGCCACUGCUGCUAACAUCAGAGUUGAACCUCCUAUUGCCGCAACGGGGUAAACUCUGGAGGGCGGAGUCAGCCUGGCAAUGGCAAGAAAUGCGCCAGUCGACGCCUAUGAUCGAGCUCACCUUGCACGACGCCUUUUCGCGACUCUUUGGACGGACGAACCAAGGGCUCCCACAGCACUUGUCAUCAUUCGGAAGCUAUGUUCUGAUUCAUGCACUGAUCCAACACAUCUAUCUGUUGAAGCAGACAUCGUUUGCGACUGGUCUUCCGUACAACAUUCACCGAACGAUGAAGCCCCAGGAUGUUGAGGAGGUGUCGCAGGCUCUUCGGGUGUGGCAGACCAGUUUUGAGGACCAACAUCAGCUCAGGGCAGCCGAGUCGGGUCACUACAGCGUAUCGGACUCGAUCGAGGGCGGAACACUGGAUUUCACGGCGACGGCAUUGCUCCGACAAGCGUACAUCCGGCUGUAUACUGAUGUAACUCCGUCUACGGCGCUCGAGACCCGGGAUCCGCUUUUGGUGGCGUCGGCCCUGAGCAGGACCCCCUUGCUAGUCCGAAGUCUAAGACUGCACCGGGCAGUGUUCCAAGCGAUCCAUGCGCUGUCCAUGUUGGUAAAGGCGGGCGUCAACUAUGUGGCCAGGACAAAGUCGGCCGAAUGGAGCAUUCAACACUCACUUUGCAACUUUGAAUGUGCUAUUCUGGUAGCCAAGUGGCUCCUGACCAUUGCGGCGAUUGGGCCCAACGACGCUACAGCAUCGCCAGAGGAAAAGAACCUCCUGGAGAUGGUACGGCGGAUGCUGGAUGAGACGGAAUUUGCGGUUCCGAUCGACCCUUCGCUAGCGGGACCCAACUCGGGACACGGACCGAACGACACGGCAACGAGCGAUAGCGCCAAACUUCGACAGCUCGCCAGCGCGGUGGUUCGGCUCUGGGCUGAGACGUUUAAAGGAACGCACAUCUUUGAAAUUGUCAAGGUUAUGGGAUCAAGUCUUGACGCUUACGCGGACUUGAUUGACAAGCCGCGAGAGAGAACUCCUCCGGUUUGA